AUGGCUAGUUCGAACACUCCUAUACCUGUGGACGAUGGGUUUAAUGAGUAUGAAAGUGCUGUCAAACGUCAAACGUCUACCACUUCAAAGGUGUGGGAUGAAAUGACAAAACUUGAAUGCGAGAACAAAAAUGAAUUGAAGGCACAAUAUAAUCACUGUAAGACUGUCUUCUCUGCUAAAUCUUCUAGCGGAACCUCUCAUUUAAGACGUCAUUUAAAUAGUUGUUUGAAAAAAGCUAAUAAGGACAUCACUCAAUACACCAUAGCUAAUCAACCAUCAUUAAGAGGUGUUCCAUUUAUAAAAAACUACAAGUUUGAUGCUAAUGAGUGUCGUCAAGCUGUUUCUAUUUUUCUUGUGUGUGGCAAGCAUUCAUUUAGGACAGUUGAUGAAACAGGAUUUAGGCACAUGAUGAGAAUUUCUAGUCCUAAUUUUAAGAAUAUAAGUAGACAUACAGCUGCUAAGGAUGUCCUAAUGUAUUAUGCAAAAGAGAGAGAUUGUGUUAAAGAAGAGUUGGCUAAAGCACCUGUUAAAGCUGGUUUGGAUCUUGCUGAUGAUGUUGUUGUUGUUGGUAAGAUUCGAAAUGGAAUUAAGUACAUAAAAAAGUCGGGAAUUCGUAGGAAAAGAUUUUAUGAUGUGGCCGACAAAAGUUUUCAUUUGAAUGUGACCAAAAAGUUGCAUCAAGAUGUGUGUGUGAGAUGGAAUUCUACUUAUUUAAUGCUUGAAUCUUCUCUUUACUAUAAAUAUGUGCUAGAUUAUUGGGCCCAACGGGAUAAAGAUUAUCAAAUGUUUGCACUUUCUAGCGAAGAGUGGAGAAAUGUUGCUAUUCUUUGCAAAUUUUUGAAAGUCUUUUAUGAUGUGACUUGUGUUUUUUCUGGUUCUAAUUAUCCAAUGGCUAAUCUUUAUUUUAGAGGGGUUUGGAAGGUUCACAAGGUCUUGCUUGAUAAAGUUAAAGGUUCUUAUUCGUUUUUAACUCUAAUGGUUAAGCAAAUCCAAGAGAAAUUUAAUAAAUAUUGGGCUGAGUAUUCGUUGAUAUUGUCAUGCGCUGCAAUUUUAGAUCCUCGUUACAAGUUGAAUUAUGUGCAGUAUUGUGUUACUACAAUCUAUGGUAUUCAUGCUUCAGAUUUUGUUGAAACCAUUAUUAGCAAUCUUAGACUCUUGUUUGACGAGUAUGUUAAGAAAUCCAAAUCCACGUCUUCCUCUUUGGCUGGGCGUUCUAAUGUUUCGGAUAAAAAUCUUGUUGAUUCUAGUUUGGAUGAACACAAUGUUAAUAGUGCUGAUUUUGGGGGAAAUUUUGAUGAGAGUGAUGAUUAUAAACGGUAUUUAAAUGAAUCUAGCACUAGGAGUGAAAAGUCACAGUUGGACAUUUAUUUGGAAGAACCGGAGCUUGAGUUUAAUAGUCAAAUAGAUGUUUUGGAUUAUUGGAGCAAAAGUUCAGUUUGA